CGCGAGUCAACCAUGAAGCUUGCUUCUAGCGAGUCUGUCAUAGAAGUUUACAAACGAGAUAACGAUUAUAGUCUUCAAUUCAAUCGUUGGUUCUUGAAAUUAAUAGGAGCUUGGCCGGAAGUAUCAACAAAUUCGAUGAUUAAAAACAUUUUGACCAAAAUUCUUCAAUUAACGUGUCACUCUUUAAUAGCUUUCAUCGUAAUACCUGCUACAUUAUAUAUUCUUUUCGAGGAAAAAGACAUCCGCCUAAAGCUCAAGGCUAUAGGACCAACGAGUCACUGUCUCAUGGGCGGUAUCAAUUACUGUUCGCUUUUGCAUCAUAGCGACCAGAUAUGGAAAUCUGUCAAACAUAUGGAGGCUGAUUGGCGUAUGGCGAAGAAAGAACACGAUCGGGAAGUGAUGCUGAGAAAUGCGAGAGUAGGUCGUGUGAUAGCGGGCGUUUGCGCGCUGAUCAUGCAGGGUGGGGUUCUUUGUUAUAACUUCGCGAGAGGAAUGUCACAUAUAGACUUAACCAUCGGCAACGAGACAAUUACAACAGGUCGCCUACCAUGUCCGACUUUCAACAAAAUCGUGGAUACCAGAAUCAGUCCGAUAUACGAGGUCGUACUCGUCCUGCAAUGUCUCUCCACUUUCGUGGUAAAUAACGUCACGAUCGCUGCGUGUGGUCUCGCCGCUGUCUUCGCGAUGCACGGUUCUGGUCAACUUGAUGUGGCAAUGUUACGUCUCGAAGAACUUGUCGAUGAAAAACAAGAGCUUCUGCAGCUAAGACUAGCAAAUGUUGUGAAGCAUCAUUUGCGAGCAUUGAAAUUUCUUUCACGUAUGGAGCAAAUUUUGCGACAGAUAUGUUUUGUGGAAUUAGUCGGAUGCACAUUUAAUUUAUGUAUGUUAGGAUAUUACACAAUUACGGAAUGGCAUGAAGAAAGUUUGAACACUAUAAUAACAUAUAUCAUGUUAAUUACAUCGAUGAUGUUUAAUAUUUUUAUAUUUUGCUUUAUUGGUGAACUUGUAACGGGCCAGUGCAAAAAAGUCGGCGAAGCAGCUUACAUGACUAAUUGGUAUCAAUUGCCAAAUAAAACUAUCCUUGGUCUAAUUUUAAUAAUUUUACGAUCAAGAACUGUAAUCAAAAUUACAGCUGGAAAAAUAUUUCAUAUGUCUAUCGCAACUUUUGGCGUUGUAAUUAAAACAUCUGUUGGAUAUCUAAAUAUGCUACGAACUUUAACUGUAUAAUUAUUUCGUGAG